AUGGCGGGCCGGGGCCGGGGUCGGGGCCGCGGCCAGCUGACCUUCAACAUGGAGGCCGUGGGCAUUGGGAAGGGGGAUGCUCUGCCCCCACCCACACUGCAGCCUUCUCCACUCUUCCCCCCCCUGGAGUUCCGCCCUGUGCCUCUGCCCUCAGGGGAGGAAGGGGAGUACGUCCUGGCGCUGAAGCAGGAGCUGCGAGGGGCCAUGAGGCAGCUCCCCUACUUCAUCCGGCCGGCCGUCCCCAAGAGAGAUGUGGAGCGUUACUCAGACAAAUAUCAGAUGUCAGGGCCGAUCGACAGUGCCAUCGACUGGAACCCUGACUGGCGACGUCUACCCCGGGAGCUGAGGAUCCGAGUGCGGAAGCUACAGAAGGAGCGGACCACCAUUCUGCUUCCCAAAAGACCCCCCAAGGCCACAGAAGAUAAAGAGGAAACAAUACAGAAACUAGAGACUCUGGAAAAGAAGGAGGAAGAAGUAACUUCAGAGGAAGAUGAGGAGAAAGAAGAGGAAGAGAAAGAAGAGGAAGAGGAGGAGGAGUACGAUGAAGAAGAACACGAAGAGGAAACUGAUUACAUCAUGUCGUAUUUCGACAACGGAGAGGACUUUGGGGUUGACAGUGAUGACAAUAUGGAUGAGGCUAUCUACUGA